CUGCCUCCAUCCAACCUGGAAUACUCAUUUAUCCAAAUCUGCACUCUGAACUGGACAUGGAAUCCUCCAGAGAACGUCAGCAGUGGCUGUGACCUGGAGUACUCCAGCGACAUCAUGAUUGAUGAGGUGCCUCAGGGCAACAGAAAAUGGAGUAAGAGCCACUUCCGCGUGACGGAUACGUUCUUGAAUGAGGAAAUGCGUUUCAAAGUGAGAAGUGAAUGCAAGAAUGCCAACACCAGCGAGCCCAGCCGGUGGGUGGAGGCCUCUCUCCUGCCAGAAGGUAUUCCAGGUACUGCUGCUGUCGACUUGAGCUGUGUUUGGCACAAUUUGGAGUACAUGGUUUGUACGUGGCGUCCUGGGAGAAAUGCAAGCGAUGAGACCAAUUAUAUGUUGUUCUACUGGUUUGAUGGUUUGAAGAAGCCUAAGAAGUGCAGCAACUCUUCUGUGCACCAAGGAGUCUUUGGAUGCAUUUUCAAUCUUAGCUUCCCGAAAGUCACCAAUACGUACCCAGCUAUAAGGAUUCUGAUUAGAGAUGAGUCUGAAGAAAUUAGGCCUCUGUGUGCAAGUAAAAAUCCCACCACCCUUGUAAAACCUGCUACACCAAGACAAGUUGGAGUGUCCAAGAUGAACGAUGAAAUACAUGUGGAAUGGAGUGGAUCAGAACCCUUUCCAGAAAACUGUUUAUUUUAUGAAGUUGAAUAUCACAAUGGUGACUUGGACACCACUCAGAUAAUCAAAGUUGAAAGUAAUUAUACCUCGAUUCCUAGUGUUGAUCCUAACAGCAAAUACAUCUUCAAAGUGAGAGCAAAACCAAAGCCCGAGUGUUACAGCAGCAAGCUCUAUAGUGACUGGAGUGAAGAGAAGAGUAUUGGUGAGAAGACAGACUCUACAUUUUAUUUGGCUUUGAUAGUCACCAUUCCAUCAAUAGUAGCAGUCUCCACAAUAAUUCUACUGGUUUAUCUAAAAAGGCUGAAGAUACUAAUUCUUCCACCAGUUCCAGACCCUAGAGAAAUCCUUAAGCGCAUGUUUGGAGAGCAGAAUGAGGAUUCCCGGAGCUGUGCAAAGGAUGAUCCUGUGAAUGCUUACGACAAGUUAAUUAAGGAAGAAGAAAUUCAUUCUUUAAUUUUAACAGAACCUCCAGAGUGCACUAAUUCUGAAACAGAAAACUGA